ACCAAGCUUGUUUAGGACCCUGGAGAGACUUAACUUUUAAUCUGUUAGGUGACAUGUGACCAGGUGAAACUAAUUAUAUAAGUAGCAUGUUUAGGGUGGUGGUGGCUAUAGUAUUUGGGCAAAGUGUAGAUUUUAUGUUAGUAGUGGGGCCUCCUUUUGGUAAUCUUCUUUUGAGAUAUGUCAUGGGCAAUGAAGGGGCUCCAUCUAAUUUUCAUUGCUUUGGUUCUUUGGAGAGAUACAAGUGGAUUCGGAGUGUGGAAUACAACCUCUGUUGUUGAUUGGCAAGCUGGACGUUCUAAUGCAACAUGGAACCAAAAUUUUCACUUCGCUACGCCUGUUCAAGCUUUGGAGCUACUGUCCAGAAAAAGUGCAAAUGGAAAUGUUGACGGAGGAAAUUCUAGUAGUUUCAGUUAUACUUCAGAAGUCCAAACUGCUCAACAGGAUUCUAGUUUUGUUCAGUCUUCUGGUGGUGCUGCUCAAGGUAAACCUGUACUAAAUGCUCAAGGUCAAGCAACUCCCAUGGUUCAACCGCAGGACAACUUGAUGAUGACUCAGUCCUCAAGGCUCUAUUGGUUUGAAUCUCUCAAGCCUGAAAACUGUGGCACUUUGCUCUCUCAAUCUUGGCCUCAAAAAGGUCAGAAUAACGGUGGAUUCCAAAGACCUUCCAGGUUCCAGUUUGGAGGCACUGCAAACCAGACAUCUGGAUCCCAGACCCAGUCGUCAUACCAGCCUAGCACAACAACACAGGUUCAGACAGGCGAGUCUAUUGCCCAGCCUGAGUCUUUCGGAGCUUCAGCUUCAUAUCCAAGUCAAACCUCUGGCAUGUACUCUGUUGUACAGGGUCCUCUGAUUGCAUCCUCUUCCCAAAUGCCUGGGUUCCACAUCCAGUCAUCAUACCAGCCUGGCACCACAACACAGGUUCAGACAGGCCAGUCUGCGUCUACAUCUCAGGCUCAGUCCUCUGGUGCGUCAACGUUGUAUCAAGGGAUUAGCUCUGGCAGGUAUCUGACUUCACUGGGUCAUAUAAUUCCAUCCUCCUCCCAGUCUGUGGUCACUACAAACCAGACAUCUGGAUCCCAGACCCAGUCAUCAUACCAGCCUAGCACUACAACGCUCCUUCAGACAGGCCAGCCUGUUCUUCCUCAGAGUCAGCCUUCGGGAGCUUCUGCUUCAUAUCCAAGUCAAACCUCUGGCGUGUACAAUAUUGCACAGCGUCCAUUGACUGCAACCCUUUCCGAAAUACCUGGGUUCCACAUCCAGUCAUCAUACCAGCCUGGCACUACAACACUGCUUCAGACAGGCCAGUCUGCGUCUACAUCUCAGGCUCAGUCCUCUGGUGCAUCAACAUUGUAUCAAGGAAUUAGGAGGAAUGUGACUUCUCUGGGUCAUGGCUUUCCAUACUCAACCCAGUCUGUGGUGACUGCAAACCAGACAUCUGGAUCCCAGACCCAGUCAUCAUACCAGCCUGGCACCACAACACUGCUUCAGACAGGCCAGUCUGCUUCUACAUCUCAGGCUCUUGGCAGCCAUGGAGCUGCACCUUCAGGACAUGCUAAAUGGUACACCAUUGUACAAGGUCAGACAAUUCCAUCUUCUCAAGCGUCUGGAUCCCAGACCCAGUCAUCAUACCAGCCUAGCACUACAACACUGCUUCAGACAGGCCAGCCUGUUCUUCCUCAGAGUCAGCCUGCGGGAGCUUCUGCUCCAUAUCCAAGUCAAACCUCUGGCGUGUACAAUAUUGCACAGCGUCCAUUGACUGUAACCCUUUCCGAAAUACCUGGGUUCCACAUCCAGUCAUCAUACCAGCCUGGCACCACAACACAGGUUCAGACAGGCCAGUCUGCGUCUACAUCUCAGGCUCAGUCCUCUGGUGCGUCAACGUUGUAUCAAGGGAUUAGCUCUGGCAGGUAUCUGACUUCACUGGGUCAUAUAAUUCCAUCCUCCUCCCAGUCUGUGGUCACUACAAACCAGACAUCUGGAUCCCAGACCCAGUCAUCAUACCAGCCUGGCACCACAACACUGCUUCAGACAGGCCAGUCUGCUUCUACAUCUCAGGCUCUUGGCAGCCAUGGAGCUGCACCUUCAGGACAUGCUAAAUGGUACACCAUUGUACAAGGACAGACAAUUCCAUCUUCUCAAGCCUCUGGAUCCCAGACCCAGUCAUCAUACCAGCCUGGCACCACAACACAGGUUCAGACAGGCCAGUCUGCUUCUACAUCUCAGGCUCAGUCCUCUGGUGCAUCAACAUUGUAUCCAGGGAUUAGGAGGAAUGUGACUUCUCUGGGUCAUGGCUUUCCAUACUCAACCCAGUCUGUGGUGACCGCAAACCAGACAUCUGGAUCCCAGACCCAGUCAUCAUACCAGCCUAGCACUACAACACUCCUUCAGACAGGCAGGCCUGUUCUUCCUCAGAGUCAGCCUUCGGGAGCUUCUGCUUCAUAUCCAAGUCAAACCUCUGGCGUGUACAAUAUUGCACAGCGUCCAUUGACUGCAACCCUUUCCGAAAUACCUGGGUUCCACAUCCAGUCAUCAUACCAGCCUGGCACCACAACACAGGUUCAGACAGGCCAGUCUGCGUCUACAUCUCAGGCUCAGUCCUCUGGUGCGUCAACGUUGUAUCAAGGGAUUAGCUCUGGCAGGUAUCUGACUUCACUGGGUCAUAUAAUUCCAUCCUCCUCCCAGUCUGUGGUCACUACAAACCAGACAUCUGGAUCCCAGACCCAGUCAUCAUACCAGCCUGGCACCACAACACUGCUUCAGACAGGCCAGUCUGCUCCUACAUCUCAGGCUCAGUCCUCUGGUGCAUCAACAUUGUAUCAAGGAAUUAGGAGGAAUGUGACUUCUCUGGGUCAUGGCUUUCCAUACUCAACCCAGUCUGUGGUGACCGCAAACCAGACAUCUGGAUCCCAGACCCAGUCAUCAUACCAGCCUAGCACUACAACACUCCUUCAGACAGGCAGGCCUGUUCUUCCUCAGAGUCAGCCUUCGGGAGCUUCUGCUUCAUAUCCAAGUCAAACCUCUGGCGUGUACAAUAUUGCACAGCGUCCAUUGACAGCAACCCUUUCCGAAAUACCUGGGUUCCACAUCCAGUCAUCAUACCAGCCGGGCACUACAACACUGCUUCAGACAGGCCAGUCUGCGUCUACAUCUCAGGCUCAGUCCUCUGGUGCAUCAACAUUGUAUCAAGGAAUUAGGAGGAAUGUGACUUCUCUGGGUCAUGGCUUUCCAUACUCAACCCAGUCUGUGGUGACUGCAAACCAGACAUCUGGAUCCCAGACCCAGUCAUCAUACCAGCCUGGCACCACAACACUGCUUCAGACAGGCCAGUCUGCUUCUACAUCCCAGGCUCUUGGCAGCCAUGGAGCUGCACCUUCAGGACAUGCUAAAUGGUACACCAUUGUACAAGGUCAGACAAUUCCAUCUUCUCAAGCGUCUGGAUCCCAGACCCAGUCAUCAUACCAGCCUAGCACUACAACACUGCUUCAGACAGGCCAGCCUGUUCUUCCUCAGAGUCAGCCUUCGGGAGCUUCUGCUCCAUAUCCAAGUCAAACCUCUGGCGUGUACAAUAUUGCACAGCGUCCAUUGACUGCAACCCUUUCCGAAAUACCUGGGUUCCACAUCCAGUCAUCAUACCAGCCUGGCACUACAACACUGCUUCAGACAGGCCAGUCUGCGUCUACAUCUCAGGCUCAGUCCUCUGGUGCAUCAACAUUGUAUCAAGGAAUUAGGAGGAAUGUGACUUCUCUGGGUCAUGGCUUUCCAUACUCAACCCAGUCUGUGGUGACUGCAAACCAGACAUCUGGAUCCCAGACCCAGUCAUCAUACCAGCCUGGCACUACAACACUGCUUCAGACAGGCCAGUCUGCUCCUACAUCUCAGGCUCAGUCCUCUGGUGCAUCAACAUUGUAUCAAGGAAUUAGGAGGAAUGUGACUUCUCUGGGUCAUGGCUUUCCAUACUCAACCCAGUCUGUGGUGACUGCAAACCAGACAUCUGGAUCCCAGACCCAGUCAUCAUACCAGCCUGGCACCACAACACUGCUUCAGACAGGCCAGUCUGCUUCUACAUCUCAGGCUCUUGGCAGCCAUGGAGCUGCACCUUCAGGACAUGCUAAAUGGUACACCAUUGUACAAGGUCAGACAAUUCCAUCUUCUCAAGCGUCUGGAUCCCAGACCCAGUCAUCAUACCAGCCUAGCACUACAACACUGCUUCAGACGGGCCAGCCUGUUCUUCCUCAGAGAGACCUAUUUUGA